CAAACGUCGAGCAUGCAUGUCUCAAACCGGUUACUGAGGAGAUAUCUGUAAAUAUUUACAGUCCCUUGCCAGACGAAAUACAGUACCAUGGAGGCCGUCAAAGCCUUUAACAACGAGCUGUACUCGUUGAAUGAGUACAAGCCGCCCAUCUCCAAGGCCAAGAUGACCCAGAUCACAAAGUCUGGAAUCAAGGCUAUAAAAUUCUACAAGCAUGUUGUCCAGAGUGUGGAGAAAUUCAUACAAAAGUGCAAACCAGAAUACAAGGUCCCAGGCCUGUACGUCAUCGACUCCAUUGUCAGACAGUCACGACACCAGUUUGGCACAGAGAAGGAUGUUUUUGCCCCACGCUUCAGCAAGAAUAUCAUCAUGACGUUCCAGCACCUCUACCGCUGCCCCUCAGAUGAUAAGAGUAAGAUAGUGCGAGUCUUGAAUCUGUGGCAGAAGAAUGCUGUCUUCAAGAGUGACAUCAUACAGCCUCUGUUGGACAUGGCUGCAGGGAUUCCUCCACCUAGCGUCACCCCCGUCAUGCCCAGCAGCGCUGCCCCAGUCAAUAACACUACACCUGGCACACCGGCGACCCCGGCCACCCCAGCUAACAUAGUCCAGGGUCUGCCUGACUGGGCUUCCCAGAUUACCAACACAGACACUGUGGCUGCUGUGGCACAGAUCCUACAGAGUCCCCAGGGACAACAGCUUCAGCAGCUGGUACAGAGUCUGCAGAUGCAGCAGCAGAAGCCUCAGCCAUCCCUGCUGCAGGCCUUGGACGCUGGCCUGGUGGUUCAAUUGCAAGCUCUGACAGCUCAGCUUACUGCAGCUGCUACUGCCAACAGCCUCAACCCCCUGGAACAGAGGGUCUCCUCUUUUAAUAAGAAACUUUUGGGUCCGUUUGACUUUGGGAAUGAUUCUGAACGUGGUGAAGAAUCUAAAAAGGACUCCUCAUCGUCUCAGCUGCCCAUGGUGUCAGAGCCCAUAAACAGCUCCUUAUUCCACCAGCUAGCUGAGCAGCUACAACAGCAGAACCUAGAGCAGUUUCAAAAGCAACUGCUGGAGCACCAGCAGCACCAGCAGAAGGCUAUGAGCAUAGAAGGGCAAGAUUCUAUCUUUGGACAAGAGAACUCUGUUGCAAGCGCUCAGGGCAGCAGCCAGUCACAGCUUCCUGACCCUGAGAACAAGCUGGAUGACUCCAUAGACAACCAACAGCAGGACAUGGAUCUGGAUGAGGGUCCAGAUGGAAUGGAGGAGGAGAUCUUUGAGGCGGAGGAGAAGAAAACUGUCAGCACACGCUCCAGAACACGCUCUAGAUCACGCUCCAGAUCUCCCAAAAGGAGAAGGUCCAGGUCCCGCUCCGGCUCUCGGAAACGUAAGCACCGUAAGCGGUCACGCUCACGCUCCAGAGAUCGCAAGAGGAAGUCUUCACGAUCAUACUCAAGUGAAAGACGCGCCCGAGAGCGAGAGAAGGAACGGCAGAAGAAAGGACUGCCUCCAAUACGAUCAAAGACUCUAAGUGUGUGCAGUACAACACUUUGGGUGGGCCAAGUGGACAAAAAGGCAACUCAGCAAGACCUCACCAACCUAUUUGAAGAGUUUGGCCAGAUAGAGUCUAUAAAUAUGAUCCCCCCCAGAGGCUGUGCCUACAUCUGUAUGGUCCACAGACAGGAUGCGUACCGCGCCCGCCAGAAGCUAAGCACUGGCUCCUUUAAAAUUGGCUCCAAGAUCAUCAAGAUCGCAUGGGCUCUAAACAAGGGGGUAAAGCAGGAGUACAAGCAGUUUUGGGAUGUUGACCUUGGUGUCACCUACAUACCUUGGGAGAAAGUGAAACUGGAUGACCUGGAUGACUUUGCUGAAGGAGGAAUCAUUGACCAGGAGACCGUCAACGAUGAGUGGGAAGCAGCCAAGAAUGCUGAGCCAGCUAAGGAGGUUUCAAGCCAGCAAGUAAGCGCUGAGACUACAGCAGCAUCCAACACCCAGAAUGAGACGUAUAACCAGCAGGUCACCAUGAUGCCUGUGCAGCUGCCAGUGGCCCAGGCUGUUUCCAGUGCAGUGGGUUUGGUGCCUCCUGCCUUCCCUGUCACCAUGGGCAUACCUCCACCAGGCUACGGGCCACCACCACCCUUCAUAAGAGCUGGUUUCAACACCUCACAGCCUCCUCCAGGUUUUAUGCAAGCAGCACAAACUGCAGCCAUGGCUUCAGCAACUUCUUUGCAACCUUCAGUGGCAUCCGGCCAGGAAGCUGUCAAGGAAUCACCAUUCAGUGCUAUGAUCCCUCCGACGAGUAUCCCUGGCAGCUUCAUGCCCUCAGCUAUCCCUGGAGCCGGUGUGUUUAACCCAGUCGGAAUGCAAACUCAGCAGGCCGGCAAUGAGAAAAUGCCACAGUCUGCUGAUGGUAUGGAUGCUGCUGCAGAGCUUACACUACAAGGCAUGCAGAAUGCAGUACGCAGCGGAAUGGGUCUUCUUGGCAUGCACCCCACUGCCUCCCUCACCCACCCACUGCACCAGUCUGGUCUGACUGGUCAGAGAAUGCCUGGACUGUUGCCAAUGGAUGUGCGUCCUAACCUCCUCCAGCCUGGAGCUGCCGCACGUUUCCCACUCUUAAUGCAGCAGAGCCCCGCCCAGCAGGCUGCUGUACUUCUCGACAGCUCCCUCCAAGCUCAAGCCCGCGCCAGGGCCCCCUUUUCCCAGUUAGACCCCUUCAACAGAGCCCCCAACCUUACCAAUGAAAAUGUCUCUAAGACAGAAGAGGAGUCUUCUUCUGGUGCUGAUGAGGGCAAAGACCAAGACUACCGCUUCCCCCCAAUGGAAAAACAGAGCACAGGCCUGCUGAGGACGCCUCCGCCAGAGCAAAGGGAGGCCCUUGGAGGUGGUGCAGGAGGCAGGCCUGCCUUGCUCCAAACCCCAGGAUCUCAGCCCGCCAGAACCAGUCUGCUGGGACGUCUCCAGGCUCUUGCAGGCUUUACUCCCGAUAACCGCUGGAGCCAGACCAGAGGGGACUUUGAUGAGCGAGACAGCAUGCGAGGAGGUCCUCAGGCUCCAGCAGGUCCAAAAGGCUUCCAGGAGGAGCGCUCCACAGCAGGGCAGAACUAUCCCAACCGCUUUGAUAACCGUCCUGGGACAGCAGGAGGAGCAGCUGGGCCUGCUGUAAAUGCCGGAGCUGUUGGGGGGCCGCAGGCCUGGAAUCGUAGUGGUGGUGGUGCCACAGCACCUUUUGACAGUGAACUACAUCAAGACCUAGAUGAACGAAGACGCCCAUGGGACAGGCAGAGAGACAGAGACGAAAGAGAUUUUGACUUCAGGAGGGACAUGAAUGGAAACCGUCACAGCCGUGAGAGAGAGCGUGAGAGGGAACGCGACAGGGAGAGAGACAGGGAGCGAGGCCGAGAUCGUACUAGAGAGCACGAACGCGACAGAGACCGCGAGAAAGAGAGAGACCGCGAGAGGGAGCGUGAACGCGGGGGCUGGACACCUCUUCUCCCUCUACCCACACCUCUGCUUCCAACUCCAUCGCUUAAUCCCAACCUGUCCCUGAACCAAGGCAAAAUGCUCGCCCCGCUCAAAUUGAACCCUCAGAUGCAGGCACGAUUCCAGUCCCCACUUCUGCCCCAAGCUCAGGCCAAACCUCCUCUCUUAGGUCUGAAUCAGCCGCUGCCGCAGGUUCAGAUUAAGUCUCCACCUCCAUCACAGAACCAAGAAGCUGUGCCCGAGCCCCAGCCAGAAACCCCCACUCUGUCUGAGACACCUCAGGCACAGUCACCCCCCUCAGCCCAAUCCCCAUCUGACAGCAAGAGUCAGAGCCUGUUGCCUGAGGCUUUCACUGAGACCCAGUCAUCACCACAACUCGAGACCCCACCCACAGAGUCACCGUCCCUGCCCGCUGCCCAGUCCCCCUCCAAGACCAUCACUUCCCCAGACACUGAGACCCCAAGCCAAGCCUCACCACUUGUUGAGGCUUCAUCCCAGGACUCACCUGUGGCCUUCACACAAGCUGCCAGCCCCCCUGAAGAGACUACUCACUCUCUGGAGGAGCAGGAGAGCCCACAGGAGGAGGAAGAGGAGGAAUCACAAGAGAACGCCUCCUCUCCCCAACCUCUCUGGGUCAAUGGAUCUGGGAUGGACAAUAGCACUGUGUCUGAGCCCACACCCGAGGCCUCUCCUGAGCCCACUCCAGACCCCUCCUCCGACUCCCUGCUCCCUGAAAGUGAAGCAGAGCAGCAGCAGGAGCAGCAGCUUGCCUCUCCUAAGGACGUAGACAAUGAACAGAGUGAGCCCAUGGAGGAAGCUGCAAGUCAGCCAGUGGUAGACACUGUCACAGACACUGAGGGGACAUAAUCAUCACUCAGUAGGUAAAAGAUCAUUUUGUAAAGUUGUCUCUUCUUCUCUGUACUCAUGUCAGCAAACCACCACCACCACACGGGACAUGAUGAAUUACUGACUCACAUCAGUUAUUGUCUGAUAACCAAUAACAAAUGAUUUUAUCUCUCACAAAUACCAGUGUACUUAAAUAGAAGGCUCAUUAGCAGAUUUAUUGAUAGAACAUUUUGUUUGUAUUUUAUUUCCUUUUUCCUUUUUUAAGUUGUAAUGCCACCCCACUCGUUUUAAUUAAUCUAAGCUUGGUGAAUUUUAUUGAAUUGCCUGCCAAAAUGUUUCAAUUGUAUAUGGGGGAAAUUAGCUUUUGACCUUCCUAUGGAAGAGAGUAAGAAAAUCCUGGCUGUUCGACAAAGGAUUGAAUACAGUUACACAUGAUACUUGAAAAAUGGCAGUUGCUGGCCCAUUUCUGUCUCCUCUUCUUUUUAAAAUGCUGCUGCAAAGUUUUCAAUGAAUGCUUUUGUGGUGUCCUCCAAUGCUUUCUGUUUCUAAAGCAGAACAAAUAGCCUGCAUACAGUGAGACCAGUCCAGCUGCUUAUAAUUGGAAGAAUGGACAUUUUUAAAAAUGAAAAACAUGAAAAUGUUGUAUCCCCAAAAUAAAUGUCUGUAAUUUGUUUCUAAUUAUAUACAGUGAACACAAGCAGAAAAUUACAUGCCAGGGGGAAGAAAAAGAAAAUGAACGGAGGGAUGUUGUGGAUGUCGGGGUGCAUAUUGUUUUAGUGUGAAAUAAACAUGCUUUGUCUGUUUAAACACAUGCUUUAGGACUGUUUUCUGACCCAGGACCAGUGGAAACUAGGAGUGCUUUACAGACUCGUACACAUUGCGUGCUGUCACUUCAGUCGAUUUGAUGUUCUCGUAACUCAAGUUGCUGCUAUACCAUCCAUCCACAGAGCACUUUGUUGGAUGCAACCGUGGGACUUGUAGUUUUUUAGUUUCUGAUUACUUCAGCCUGUAUGUAUCCCCCUAAGCUUUUGCUGGGUGACUGUUGCGGAUGGGAUUGUGCCUUUUUUUUGAAUGGAUUUGUCGUUCAUGAUGCUACCCAACACUACUGUGUGAUUUACUCCAGACUGACUGUGCGUGCCACUUCGUGUCAGAUGGCUCUAUGAACAGAAAGCUACCUGCACACAAUUUGACUGGCCUACCGUUUGAAUGGCAGCUGGGCAGUUUGUACAGCACUCACCUAGAGGAGAACAAAGUCUAUAUACUCUAUUGUUCUGUGCAUGCAGGACUGUAGCCAUGUUUUUAACCUUCCUGUCUCUUGUUCCUCUCAUACAUAUAGUGCUUUUUCUUUUGAGACCAUACUACUAGAAACCCAUUAGUCUACUGUUCUCUCAGACCAAAUGUCUACUACAGGA